GAGAUCGAUUGGGUCAAAUCACUCAAGGGACUCAAUUAAGACCGGUCCAAAUCCACGAUCUAGUCUUACCUUAUAGGCUUAUAGGUUACAUUGGUUUUAAAAUUCCCGAGAAAAAUGAUCGAAGCAGAAAAUAUUGAAGAUCAAAGUGGGCUACGUCCAGAUGGUAGGCGAGCAUUAGAAUUAAGGCAGAUUCGUGUAAAAAUGGGUGUUUUUGGUCAAGCCGAUGGAAGUGCUUAUAUCGAACAGGGUAACACUAAAAUUUUGGUUACAGUAUAUGGGCCUCAUCAGCCAAGAGGUUCUACAGGAAGGAAUACAACUAAAGGCAUAGUGAAUUGUCAAUAUAGCAUGGCGGUAUUUAGUUUAUCUUCUGGAGAACGUAAACGCAAACCAAGAGGAGACAGAAAGUCGCAAGAAAGAUCUCUUCAAUUAAAACACGCAAUGGAAGCCAUAAUACAUUUAGAAAUAUAUCCACGUUCACAGAUAGAUAUUUAUGUAGAAGCAUUACAAGUUGAUGGAAGUGAAUAUUGUGCAUCUGUAAAUGCAGCUACACUUGCUUUAAUUGAUGCUGGAAUUCCUAUCAAGAAUUAUGCCAUAGGUUGCACUGUAACAUUAAUUAAUAAUCCAUCUUCGGAAGAUGAAGAUAAUACAUUAGGGAGAGGAGUUCUGGAUGCAAAUUAUCUAGAAGAAUGUGCUCCUGGUGUUACUUUGUCUGUUGUUGCAUUACCGAAUAGUGAUAGUACAUCAAAAGAUGGUUUGAUAGUAGUAGCACAAGGAGCAGGCCAAAGGUUGCAUUUGUCUCAAUUUGAGUCUUUAAAAGCUCGUGUAUUAUAUGGAUGUCAAGAUAUAAAAACUAUUUUAGAUCACGCAGUUAGACAAUAUUUAACAGAACAAUCACUUCCUUCUCUUUUUCAUGUUGCAUUAAAUUAGAUAUAUUAAUAAAAAAUUGUACACGAAAAAUGUCAGGUAAUACACAAUUUUUUUCAUAAAAAUCACAUACAAAAUUUUUUUUAAAUAUAUUUAUCUUAUAAAGAAUAUAUAUAUAUUUUAUCAAACACUAUAAUUGUACACCAUCUUUUUUCUUUAAAGUAAUAUCCACAUUUCUUUUAGAAUAUUUAUAUUCAUUCGUUUUCCCCUUCUUGCAUCUCAAACCUUAGCACCAGGGUACCUUUCCAUAAUCAUACCAACACCCUAUAAUUUAUAUAGUUAUUAAAAUAAAGCUACUUGAUAUAAAUAUAAGAUGAUAAUAAUUGUGAA